AUGGCCUCCAACGAAUACUAUCAUACGAAUAUCCCCCAACCUCCCACUUACGACCAAGCUGUACCUGGGAAGACACAUGAACACCCGCCCGCAGUUCCUGGAUUUGGCUACGCAAGCCCCAGCUACAACCACGAUGAUCCCUCAGCCCCCUAUCACAACAGAGAGAGUCAACAGUCAUUUGCAUCGGAUAAUGGACAUUACCAGGCAGCUGGACGGGCAACGGAUGGCGAUAAUUACGCGGAGAAUAUUCCCUUGAAGACCAAUACCCAGUAUGGAAAUGCCAACACCCAGUAUGGAAACGAUCCAGAUUGGAUGCGCCAACAGACGCAUUACCCUCCAUCACCAGGGGGUAUUGAGGAUACCCGACAACGUGAUAGCCGAAAGAAGACGGGAUUUUUCAGCAAGAAGAUUGCCUGGGUGACAUAUAUCUUGACAUUAGCCCAGAUCAUCGUAUUUAUUGUCGAACUGGUCAAGAAUGCCCAGUUGACAGGGUCAGUCAUUGAAACGAAACCUACCUUCAAUCCGAUGAUCGGGCCCUCGCCGUACGUCCAAAUCUACAUGGGAGCACGCUAUAAUCCGUGCAUGAAGAACGUCGAGGGGAUCCAGAAUGCCAACCAAACCAUACAGUGGCCCUGUCCAAGUUCCACAACCGCGACGGGAGAUUGCACUCUGUCUCAAGUGUGUGGUUUUGGUGGUGUUCCCAACCCCCAUGUUUCGGGGUCGACGGAUGACCAACCGGCUCCCAACCAGUGGUACCGAUUCAUCAUCCCUAUAUUCCUGCAUGGAGGAUUCAUCCACAUUGGAUUCAACCUGUUGGUUCAAAUGACCAUGGGUGCGGACAUGGAACGUAUGGUUGGCAUGUGGCGGUAUACCGUGACCUACUUCGCCAGUGGUAUCUUCGGUUUUGUUUUGGGUGGAAAUUAUGCCGGGCAGCUCGAUCCCAGUGAUGGCUGCUCAGGCGCCCUAUUUGGUAUCCUUGCUCUUUAUCUUCUUGACUUACUGUAUGAUUGGCCCCAGCGUCAAUCUCCGUGGGUUGAGCUUAUCAUAAUGGUCCUCGGAGUGGGUGUCUCCUUCGUUCUCGGUCUUCUCCCAGGAUUGGACAACUUCUCCCAUAUUGGUGGCUUUGUCAUGGGCCUCGCCAUUGGUAUGACUAUCAUGCGGUCGCCAAAUGCUCUCCGCGAACGGAUUGGUCUGGCGCGACAGCCAUAUGUUGCCAUGAGCGGCGGAGCUGGCCAAGCUGGCCCCGAGCAAAAGACCACCUCCUUCAUGGAUUUCUUCAAGGGCAAGCGAGCCCUCACCUCCAGCUCAACAGAAACCCCCGGUUCUGCAGGCCCGCUCAACUUCUUCAAGGGCCGUAAGCCUCUCUGGUGGCUGUGGUGGGUCGUCCGUGCCGGUGCCCUAGUUGCGGUCCUCAUCGGUUUCAUUAUGUUGAUAGUCGAUUUUUAUAAAUACCCUUCCUCGCACUGCUCCUGGUGUUACCGGUUGAGUUGUCUCCCCGUCAAUGGCUGGUGUGAGCAGAACAAUUUGCCGGUCGCCACUGUCACGGGCGGCAAGACUGGUUGA